CAUAAAACAGUUAAAAUAAGUAUCAAAAGUAGCCAGACUAACUAAAAAAGUAGUUCGUUUUAUUACUUUUUACUCUACUAAGGGGAUGUAGUUGAAAAUGUCUCAUGUAUUUUUUUCAGUGUAGUAGUUCUUCCCUAAUUCCUGUACCUUCAAGUGAAUCAGAAAUUGUUUUCAGAGACGAUCAAAACAGCCAGGACGCUCAAAAUAUGAAUCGUUCAAAUGACAAAGAGUCGAAUUUUAAGAAACAUAUGAAUGACAGGAUAGAAAAACGAAAGGCUUAAAAUGUUUUGAAAGAGAAGGAUAAAAUUGCUAAAUUGUCUGAUGCCUUAAAGAAAUCAAAACAAAUUUCCAGAAGUCAACGGCUUAAAAAUGAAGAACUCAAUGAGAUUCUAAUGAGAUUGGAAGUAAAGUUACAACAGACAGAGGAGAAAUUGAUGGAAGUUGAAAAUCAUUCAAAAAGAAUAGCAAAAUUGAAUGCAAAAUGGCAAGAGCUGUCAUUGAAUAAAUAUGCUACGGUACAGGAUAUGUUUGCUCAGAUUAUAAAUCAUAAAAAUCUUCAACCUGAAGAAACUCAGUUGCUGCCAGGAUACAUUUCUGAUGACAAACGUUUCAUUCACAUGGGUAGAGGGGAAUGGAUAUCUUAUGAUACGUAUCUUUUAUCAAUGAACGGAGUCACUUACAAGAACCGAAAAACCUUUCCUCGAAAUGUAUGUGUAGGAGUAUUUGGAUACGAUUUUUUAAGGAAGAGCACUGUAUCUAGAAAGGGAAGCAAUCGUAAUGGAAAUGUUAAAAAACCUACAGAAAAACUGAAUCCGAACAAAGUUUUGGCCAUAAAAGGUAGCAACCCAGUAAACACUGGGAUAUGGGAUGUCUUUAGGACAUGCGAAGGAUGUCUAUAUCCUUUCAAAAAACGUCCUAAAGAUAUAUAUAAACACUUCCUUAUUAAUGAAUUAAAAGUGGAUGUGGAUGAAGCCGAUCAUGAAUCUUGCAAAGUUAAUUACAUUAUUAGUAAAAAAAUCGCAUUAAUAAAAGAGCUGUACAAAAAAGCCAAAACUAACGCCAGACCAUUAUUAGGAGAGAACUUGCAGGAGGAAGAACAGCAAAAGAGAAAGAAAAAUGAUGAUGAUACAUCGGAGGAAGAAGGAGACGAAAAAGAUGAUUACGAUGAAGACAAAGAAGAGGGACUAGAAGAUGUCGAUGACAGUGAUGAAGCUGAUGUUGAUGAUCAGGGCGAGAAAGAAAAAGAAUCUGAUGAUAAUAUUAAUGAGGAGGAGGAAGAAACAGAAAAAGAGAGUGACAAUGAUGAUAAAGAUGAGUGUGAUGAAGAUGAAAAUGAAGAAUCAGAAGAACAAAGAGAGACUGAUUAUAAUACGAAUGAGAAGGAUGAAGAAGAGGAAAAGGAAGACCGCAAUAUUUAAUUUUAAAAAAGGCUUUUUAAAAGAAAACAAUACCAAUACUGACAGUAUUUAAAACUUGCAUAAUAUUUAAAGCCUUUUUAAAAGCAGUCAAAAUUCCAAAGCUUUAUUUAACUUAAAUAAUUUGUAAACCUAUGAUUUUUCUUAUAGUA